AUACAGAAACAUUUCAUUGGAAUAAAGAUUCAUAUUGGCAUUUCAGAGUCAGCAAACUUUAUAUAUAUCAUACAUCAGUCGGAGUAAAUUCGCAGUAGUUCAUCUUUCAGACGAAAAGUGCACAUUACUAAAUAUAUUUCACACUUUAAGAAAUUGUUUUUAUUUGAUAAAUACGAAAUAAGGUGUUUAAGAUUUUUGCAUGUGACAUGUCACGCUUACUAAGCAAAACUGUACUCUUUACAUUGCAAACUCUAGUUACUUUCUUAUUGUUGUUAUUUAUGAAAACACAUGUGCUAAUAUAUGACAAACCUUGUACAAAUAUCGCUGAGGAUUAUAUUCGUGUAAUAUGCAGUACUGAUAAAUACAAACAAAACACAAGUAGGAACGUGCAUAUUAUGAAAUCAGACAUCAGUUCGGAGUCUGAGGCUGUGAAAAGACAAUUAAUUUCAGUCGCCAGUGAGAUGACGUUAGAGAGAAACAUGGUCCUUUUUACUGUGGUCAACGAUGCGUAUAUGCCGUUUGUGAAUAGUUGGUUGUGUAAUACCAAAACCAUGAAUAUUCAUAAAUCUGUUUUGAUUGCAACCACUGAUGCACUGACAAGGGAAACGCUAAAAACACGAUGGCCUGAGAUUAACGUAAUAUCUUUGGAUAUGGGGACCCUCAGCGGGAACCAAACGUUCGGCACAAUUGGGUAUAUGAAACUUAUCAUCAAACGCGCAGAAAUGGUUCUUGUAUUACUCUUGGCAAAUAUAGAUGUGUUCAUAUUUGAAGUAGAUUGUGUUUGGCUAAGCAACGCUGUUUCAUCUAUAUCAUUCAAAGAACAUCAUGACAUUAUUGUUAACCCUGUUUCCGGUUCAAAUUCAGAGACAUUUGCAGGUGGAUUCAUUUUGCUACGAAGUACAUGUAGAACAAAAAUAGUCUGGCAUAAAGUGACAGAUGUAAUGAUGGUUCUGGGUGAGCGGGUAAAGUCCUUGCAAGAUUUUGGUACAUUUGAAGAGGAAAAUGAACAAGAAGUUCUUGCAAGAUUACUCAGGGACGGGUACGGAAACGUAACUAUCAAAAUGUUACCACUGGAAAUGUAUGCUGACGGAAAAUGGUACAAUUUGAGCGAAGAAGACCGCUCAAAAACACGACCUGUUAUUAUAAACAACAACUGGAUUGUUGGUAACAAAGCAAAGAUGAAGAGAGCCAAAGAAUGGAAGCAUUGGUUCCUUCACGAUGAUUAUCAAACAUGUGACAUGGAACGUGUCCAUAGUGUGGUUCACUAGCACACACGUAUUGGCAUGGUCUUUUUCUAGAACAGAAUAUAGUGUUCGACACUUCGACCAUGAACUUCUUUAAAAAGCAACAUUAGAGGCUGAUAUAUUUUAACACGUCUAAGAAUAUGAUUACAGAAACAUUUUAAACGAAAUAAAAAAAUAGAGGUCGCCGAGCUAAUUUUCGAGUUUGAAAUUGAACUUUGGCUUAUUUCCAGGUCAGAUAAUUCACAAAUAAGGUUUUUGUUACUUCAUUUCAUGUAGCCCUGCAAAAUUUCAAGAAUUAAUGAAGAGCAAUUUGUUUAUUUUUCUUCUUUACCUGUACUUAUUCAUAUAUAUUUUUAUACCUAUUUUUUUUUACAGAAUUUUCAGUCUUUAAUCAAACUGAAAGAAAUGGAACAGAACUGUUUAAUGGCAUUGCAUUAUAUAUUAUAUUAAGAUAAAGGUUUAAAAAAAUUAAAUUAAUGUUUGACAAGCUUUUAUGUUACUUAUCGAAACAUUUUCAAAU